GGUCCGCCCCCGUCCUCUGCUCGGGAAUGGCUGGCUGUGGAGUUCUCUCCCGCUCUCCCACAAGCAACCACCAGUGAGGAACUGGGCCGCCACCAGUAGGGAGCAUGUUCCCCGGCAGGAUGGCCCCGGGGCCCCCCGGGCUGCUGAGCGGGCCCCCGGAGGAGCUGCACGAACUCGGCUUCAUCGAGCGGCCGAUCCGCAGGAGCCUCAAGACGGCUGAGGAGAUCGACCAGCUGACAGUGGACGAGGACCUCAACGACAUCGAGAGAGCCAUCUACCUGCUCAGCGUGGGACAGGAGAUCCAGAGAGUCAGCGUCAUCAGCAACCUGCCCGGUCUGGUCCGCCAGAAUCCAGCAGAGACCUUUCGUCGGGUCGUACCAAAAGUGCGGGAGGUCCUGAACGGAGCUGGCGCUGAACUCCAGCUGGCAGCAGCGGCGUCGUUUCUGACCAUCCUGCAGGACGAUAUCAUCCUGAUCCACACGCACACGUACUCCAUCUUGAAGACGGUCCUGCUGCACCUGAACCACAGAGACCCAGUGGUGAGCAGCGCCUGGUUGGAGACUCUUCUGUCCGCCAUGACCGCUCUACCCAAAGAGACCAUCAAACAGGAGGUGCUCAACCCUUUCCUGCAUCAGUCUCAGAUGUCUCACUCUCCUCAGGCUCGUCUUGCCAGCUGUCGCAUUUUAGGAAAAGUUGCCUGCAAGUUUGAUUCUCAUAUAGUGAAGAAGGAGCUGCUGCCGUCAGCUCGGUCUUUGUGUCAGGAUGUGGACUCUGAGGUCCGAGCCUGCAUGUGCCGUCAGCUGGAGAGCAUCGCCAGAGCUGUCGGGGAAGAUGACACCAGAACUGAGCUCCUUCCUGAGCUAGUGGAGCUCGCUGGAGACGAGGACAGUAGCGUUCGCCUGGCUGCCUUCGACACACUCGUCAACCUGAUGGAGAUGAUGGACAGCGAUGACCAGAUUCAUGUUGUUGUUCCAAUGGUGAUGGCGGUGUGCGAUGCAUCCAUGCAGGUGGAUGAAGCUGUUGUGGCUUCAUUGUCAUUCCAGUUUGGGAAGCUCUGCAAUGAACUGGCAGGUUCCCUGUCAGACGAGCAGAAGGCUCGUUUACUGCAGACUUUUAAGGUGUUGUGUGUUACCGGACUGCAACCUGAAGGACAGCCGAGAGAUGGCGAGGACGAGGCCAGGCUGAUCCGCUGCAACUGCUGCUACAACCUGCCGGCUAUGGUGGUAUUUGUGGACUCAGCCCACUUCCCGUCUGAACUCUACCCAUCGUUCUGCGGUCUCUGCAGCGACCCAGAAGUCAGCGUGCGGCGAAGUGCUGCAGCCAGUUUCUACCAGGUGGUGAAGCUGCUGAACUCAAACAUCCACCUGGUGCACAACGAGCUUCUGUUGCUGCUGCAGGAUGACGCUCUGGAGGUAUUGGACGCACUGAUGAACCACUUGGAGGAAACUCUGGAGCUGCUUCUGUCCACGGGAGAAAACUCCACGCUCAGUAAUAAGGUCCAGGAGCUGAUCUCGGCGCUGCUGUUGGCCGAACAGAAGGUUGGAUGUUCGCUGCGCUGGCGGCUGCAUGAGAAGCUGCUGCAGCGCUACAGCUGCUUGGCCAGACUACUUCCUGGAGAGGUGCUGCACCAGAGUUUCUCCCCUCGUAUCUUCAGCAUCCUCACCACCAAUAAAGUGUUGCCGGUGCAGAAGGAGGCAGCACGGACGUUCUGCACAUUCUUACGCUACAACCGUAAGCAGGAGCAACGCCAGGAGAUGAUGGAGCGACUCAUUCAAGAUCUGGCACUCGGCCGCAGCUACUGGAACCGUCUGAGGUUCCUUGACGUUUGUGAAAUUGCUACAGAGAUCUUCUCCAAAAAGUACUUUAACAAACACUUCCUGGUGCCAGCUUUGGAGCUCGUUCACGACCCCGUCGCCAAUAUCAGGUACAAGCUGUGCCAGCUGCUGCCGAGGCUGCGCUUGUCGCUCCGCCUGCCAGCCGACAAACUGCUGCUGCAGAAACUUGACUUCUGCGUCCAAAAACUUCUGUGCAGGGAGAAAGACAAAGAUGUGGUGGCCACGAUCCGCAAGACAGUGUUGGAACUGGACAAACUGGACCUGUCCCAGCCUUUUCACAAGAGUCAGGAGCGGGAUCUACUGGACCAGAAGAAGGAGAAGGAGGAGACGCUGCUCCUGGAAAUGGAACAUCUGGAGCGCCAGCAGGCCGAUGGAAAACCCAACUCAGAGAAACACACGCAGAGAAAACGAAGAGACAGUAAGACCAGUCUGUCUUCCACCAAGUCAAUGUCCGUGUCCUCGUCUGCAGCAGCCCCGUCCUCAGGUAAAGAGAUGAGGAAGGCUAAACUGUCUCGCAGCCGGUCCCUCAGCAGUCAGCCGACGACAUCCAAACCUGUGAGCUCAGACAGACUUCCGAAGGUCAAAGAUCUGAGCACCUCGUCAGGUUCUGGGAAGUCCUCCAUGUUUUCCAGCAAAGAUGACUCCAUGAGGUCCACCCACUUCACCUUGACCACCCAGUCCACUUCCUCCAUGCCGGUCUUGAUCCGCAGCAACACAACCAGCCUCCUGGACAGGGCAAGCAUGGUGGACCACAGGACUAGCAGCCUGGACCAUAGGAACAAUAUGAUGGAGCACAGAAGCAGUACCUUAGACCAGAGAGACUACAGGACCAGUACCUUGGACCAGAGAGACCAUAGGACCGGUACUUUGGACCAGAGAGACCACAGGACUGGUACCUUGGACCAGAGAGACCACAGGACUGGUACCUUGGACCAGAGAGACCACAGGACGGUUACCUCGGGCCAGCGCAGUAAAACCAUGGACCGCGGUUGUGGGAUGAAGGACAGUCAGUCCAGGAAGCUGUCGAUAUCUAGGAAGAGCUCUUUCAGCCUCCAGUCGGGACGAGACUGAGGAUGAUGAUGUCGUCACUCCUCCACCGGGCCAGCGGCCGGUCAACGGAGCAGUUGGACAUCAGACAGCACCUUUGGGACAUUAACCAGAAACCAGAACAUCAGCUCUGCUUUUCAGUCGCGGACGAAGACAGUAACGUUUGACUGUGUCUGUAUCCACUGAGCACUGUGUAUUGUAAUGAUCUCAUGGCUUCACCUGAACGGUUCAGUAAACGAUACACAGCAGCGCGUUGCGUCUUCUUACUGGCGAGUGUCCUCAGAUGCUGCUGUUUGGAUAAACUAUGAUGACAUCAGGUUGGUCUCGGUGUGGACUUCAGGAAGAUGACCGCAUAACUUUCUUCAUCUUGCUUUUACUUGUUGAACAAAACUGAAGCCAAAAAAAAUUAACAAAUCAUGCAGGAAUGUUGCUGCUUACAUGAUUCAGUAGAUU